GAAAUAUAUAAAUAAAUUAUAAAAGAUUCUUCCGGUCUAUUAAAACGGCAAAUAUUGUGUCACAAAGCCAGGGGACAAAGGAUCUGCGUGCACGCUAAAAACAGCGUUAUUUUCUCCCUUCAACAUGGUGAAGAUCAGCUUUCAGCCCAUCACAGGACAAAAAACAGAGAAAGAGGAGGGAGAUGGAGAUAAAACUCAAAUAUUCAUACCGCAUCCACACGUGGAAGAGGAGCUGGUGUUGCCUGUCGGACGGAAACGCUCCUCUCUGAGUGGACUUUGCUGUCUGACAACUGCACUGAUUGUCUUCACCUGCAGUUUGAUAUAUGCUUCAAUAUAUAUCUACCGGUACUACAUCAUUCCUCAGGUUCCGGAUCAGAGUCGGUUCCACUGCCGUGUUGUGUACGAGGACUCGGUGGCCGCUCCACUGCGAGGCUCUCACGAGCUGGAGGAGAACGUGGGGAUCUAUCUGAAGGAAAACUACGAGCAAAUCAGCGUGCCUGUGCCCGACUUCAGCAACACAGACCCUGCUGAUAUCAUUCAUGAUUUCCACAGGGGUCUGACGGCCUACCAUGACAUUGCCUUAGACAAGUGUUAUGUCAUCGAGCUCAACACCAGUGUGGUAAUGCCUCCACGUAACCUCUGGGAACUGCUCAUCAACGUCAAGAAGGGGACUUACCUCCCCCAGACAUACAUUGUCCAGGAAGAGAUGGUCGUGGCUGGACGUGUUAAUAAUAUGCAUCAGCUCGGCCGCUUUAUUUACCGUCUGUGUAACGGUAAAGACACGUACAGGCUCCGUCGCCGCAACUCACGCCGUCGUAUCACCAAGCGUGAUGCGCAGAACUGUCACCGAAUCCGCCACUUCGAGAACACGUUCGUGGUGGAGACAGUGAUUUGUGAGACUCCAUAGGCUGUUUGCCUCAUUGCCCCGCCCAUUUCUGAUGAGAUCACAUCCGUUGUUCUCGGUAGCCACACCCCUUUGAAAAUCACACUCUUUACCUCUGAUCCCUCAUGUCUUUAAAUCCCAUUUCUCUCUCUCUUUUUGUACUUCUCUCUCUAGUAAUGUGUAUCAUUACAAAUGUUCCCUUGAAGUUAUCUGAACAGUUUGUUUCUGCAUAUUUGCAAUAAUGAGCAUUUUCAACUUGAUUAAAAAUGUAACCGUAGCAUCUGAAGUCUUAAAAUGAGAAGAACACAUGGGCAUUAAGCUGCACAAUGCCUGCAUGCUUGUACCUGCGUGUCACUGGCUGUUUGUGCUCCAUCAAAGUCCUCUUUGCUCUCUUAUAUAUUUGCGUGUUUUUAGAUCUAUUCUUCUCAGUCAUGGAUAGGGAUGCAUCGAAAUUUUGGUCAAAAUGCCAUGCAAUGAAGAGAAAACUGGCCAAAAAUACUCACAGGAAGCGUUACUCUAACAUCCGAUCUUUAAUGUAGCUAAAUGUACACUACCAAAAAGAUUUUCUUGGUAUUUUUUUCUCGUUUUCCAUC